GUGUUCGAUUUUAGCUUCUCACAGCAGGGACUGUCAGAAUCUGUGAUGCUUUGUGGUCAGGCAUAAGUUUACAGCAUUUUGGAGAAACAUGCUGUACCAUUUUCUGGAUUGAACAGUACAUCAAGCAAGUAUGAUGAAUCUUCAGCUUCCAUAAUAACGAAACUUCUUGGCCAGAUGAAUAACUAGAGCACAAUAGAUGAAGUACAACACAGCUUGCUAGUUGUCUGAUUUACUAUGGCAAGAUUUUGAUCACUUUCACUGGAAGACAGUAAUAUCUAUGUCCGUGAUAUGUUAAUCCAAGCUGCACAAACAUAAUACAGAGACCAGCACUAGUGUGUAUUUCAGAGAUCCCUCAAUUUUGAUUUUCUGCCAGAGAAUGGAGUUGGCCUGAUAGGCCUCUUGUGUGUUUAUCAUUCUCCGGUAUGGUUAUUAACGAUGGAUGUGGAUUGAGAUUACGUCAAAGAAAGUCACUUCAGUUUCGGCAACAAGCCGAAAGCCUGUUUAUUCCGGAAGUUUGCGCUUAAUCUCGGCGAUAAAUUUGAGUCAUGACAACCUUGAACACCUUGAAUCAAGCAUUUUUCCGAUAUCCGUUAGUUGUUCAAUUCUGGCGCUAGAUGUCAUGUUGCUCUAUUUCAGAGCGAUCUUGUCGUUUUGUCGUUCUUGUCGUUGCAUGUCCUGUCGCUUUGCUUUCCCAACGAGCAGGGGCACAGACUAAUCAGUUCACACGGAACCCUCUCAAGCGGACGAUUGAAAGGCAGUGCUGAUCGUGGUUAGUGUCGAGGGCACAAGAUUUUGUUUGUGACAUAAUAUCAUGGCCAACAGAAACCUGCUGAUUAAAUACACAAAGUUAUUCAUUAACAACCAGUUUGUGGACUCUGCUUCUGGAAAGACAUUCCCCACUUUGAAUCCAGCAAAUGAGAAGAAAAUAGCUGAUAUUGCAGAAGCUGACAAGACUGAUGUCGACCAUGCUGUGGCAGCUGCCAGAGCAGCAUUCAAGAUUGGUUCAGAAUGGAGAAAGCUGGAUGCAUCUGCUCGAGGCAAACUUAUAAACAAGUUGGCCAGUUUAAUUGAGAGGGACACUGAAUACAUUGCAAACCUGGAGACUCUAGACAAUGGAAAACCAUAUGGAGAUUCUGUGUUUGAUAUUGCUUGUGCCAUUGACACUUUCCACUACUAUGCUGGCUGGUGUGACAAGAUUCAUGGCAGCACCGUCCCUGCAGAUGGAGAACUGUUCAGUAUGACACUUAGAGAACCAGUUGGGGUGGUAGGUCAGAUCAUCCCAUGGAACUACCCUAUUCUGAUGCUUGCCUGGAAGUGGGGGCCAGCGCUUGCUACUGGGUGCACAAUUGUUCUCAAACCUGCAGAACAAACACCUCUUACUGCCCUCUAUGUUGCUGCUCUUAGCAAAGAGGCUGGUUUCCCUACAGGUGUCAUAAAUGUGCUGACAGGCUAUGGGCCUACUGCAGGUGCUGCCAUUUCAUCCCACCCAGACAUCAACAAAGUAGCAUUCACUGGUUCCACAGAGGUUGGUAGGUUAAUCUUGGCAGCUGCAGCCAAAUCUAACUUGAAACGAGUAUCACUGGAGCUGGGAGGGAAGAGCCCUUUAGUCAUAUGUUCUGAUGCAGAUGUGGACGAAGCAGUACAAAUUGCACAUGGAGCUGUCUUUAAUAAUCAUGGUCAGAACUGCUGUGCUGGCUCCAGAACCUUUGUGCAUGAGGAUGUGUAUGAAGAGUUUGUGAAAAAGGCUGUAGUUGAAGCAACAAACAGGAAGGUUGGCGACCCAUUUGCUGAUGGCAUUCAACAAGGUCCACAGGUGGAUGACAAAUUGUUCAACAAAGUACUGUCAUUGAUCGAGGCUGGCAAGGUUGAAGGAGCAAAAUUGGAAUGUGGAGGAGAUCGCUGGGGUAAAGAGGGUUACUUCAUUCAACCUACUGUGUUCUCUAAUGUAACUGAUAAUAUGAGAAUAGCCAAGGAAGAGAUCUUUGGUCCUGUGCAAUCCAUAAUCAAAUUCAAAACACUUGAGGAAGCAAUAGAGCGAGCAAAUGAUACUAGCUAUGGGCUGGCAGCAGGAAUUGUUACAAAGGACAUCAACACGGCGCUGAUAUUUGCUCAGUCUGUCCAUGCUGGCUCUGUUUGGGUUAACUGUUAUGAUGCAGUUACACCACAAGCUCCAUUUGGUGGCUACAAGCAGUCUGGUUUUGGCAGAGAAUUGGGAGAAGAUUCCUUAAAGGAGUACCUUGAAGUGAAGACAGUGACCAUUAAGAUGCCUUACAAGAUAUGACCAAGUUACAGUUAUGUGGGAGGCGCAUUAUUGCAGCCAAACUGUAAAAAUAUAGAGAGGUUUAUUUGGGUCUUUAUGAUGGUUAUGGUGACUUUUAUCAGUUCUUUUCUCUGAUGGUAGUAUUAAUUGUAAGUCUCAGUAUGUUUCUUUGUUACCAGUAUGAACUGGCCUCCUACUCAUCAUAUGUUUAAUGUUUUAAUAUUGAGUUCAAAUGCUAAUUAAAUGAGAGUGGCUGAACCAUCACAUUCAUGGCAAAAGAA